AUGUCCACGCCAGCAGAGGAAGCUCGAUUGCUAACGCCAGCAGCCGUACAAGCCGCGUACAGCCUCAUAAAACCCUACGUUCAUCGCACCCCACUGCUAACCUGCAAGACCCUGGACACAAUCGCCUCAACCCCGCAAUCACCAGACGCCCUCGUUGGCACACAAUACGAAGGCCAAACACCGGCGAAGCCGCGCAUCCGAUUCUACUUCAAAUGUGAAAACCUGCAGCGUAUCGGCGCCUUCAAAGCACGAGGCGCAUUUCAUGCGUUGCUGCGGUUGAUAGAGGAGCGCGGGGAGGAGGAGGUCAAGCGGCGUGGAGUGAUCACGCAUAGUUCCGGAAACCAUGCCCAAGCACUAGCUCUCGCAGCUUCAACGCUCAAUGUCCCUGCCUACAUCGUCAUGCCACGGAUAAGCACGCCAUCCAAGAUCUCCGGGACACGCUCGCACGGGGCCGAAGUGAUUUUCAGUGGCUCGACAAGCGUUGAGCGUGAAGCUGUCGUCGCCGAGAUCCAAGCAAAGACAAAUGCGAUUCUCAUCCCGCCAUACGACUACUUCGAUGUCAUAGCCGGACAGGGGACAACAGCGUUAGAGCUUGAUGAGCAGUACAGCGAGCAGUACAGCACGAAAGCGCUCGACGCAGUAAUCACGCCUAUCGGUGGCGGCGGGCUCAACGCCGGCGUAGCGACCUAUUUCUCCGAUAAAACUACGCGGGUCUUUGGCGCAGAGCCUAGCUUUGAAGGCGCAGAUGAUUGUCGGCGCGGUCUGCAGGCCAGACAGCGGGUUGAGACUGUUUCUACGCUGACUAUUGCUGAUGGAUUGCGUACGCCUGUGGGGUUGUUGAAUUGGGCGGUUAUUUCUGAUGAGAAGAAAGUUGAGGGCGUAUUUGCCGUUAGCGAGGAGCAGAUCAAGGCUGCGCUGCGACUUGUGCUUGAGAGGAUGAAGGUCGUUGUUGAGCCUAGUGCUGUUGUUGGACUGGCGGCUUUUCUGUUCAAUGAGGAGUUGCGCAGUCGUGUUGAGAAGGAGGGGCGUGAGGAGGGUUGGGAUAUUGCUAUUGUUUUCAGUGGUGGUAAUACAACCGUUGAGGCUAUUGGGAAGUUAUUUGGAUAG